AUGAAAUUGCGUAAUAGGGAGAUGUUCAAAAUCGGACCAAUUGGGUCAAAACGUUAUUCUCAUAAGAGUUGGGACGAGAAGGGACACAACAUGAUAACUAGUAUACAUGUUGCUUUCGACGACACGUCCAUACGAUGUAUUCAGUUUGGCUAUCUUCACAAGGGAAUUCAUGUCGUGUCUAAAAAAUACGGUUCGUCCGGAGGUCGAUACUACGAAAUAGUGAGAUUGAAGGACGAUGAGUAUGUGACCGGGUUGAGUGCAAUUGAUUGUAAUGGGAUAAAGUCUUUGAAUUUUCACACUAAUCAGGGGAAGCACGGGCCUUUUGGUGACAGUAAUAAUUAUUAUUCAUCAUCCAUAGAUAUGAAAAAAUAUAAGCGGGAAACUGAUGUGAAGAUACGUGAUCGUCGUGAUUUUGGUGGCUUCUUUGGGUCUUUUCAUGAAUUUGACGGUCUGAAAUCCAUUGGAAUUUAUGUUAAUCCCACAUACGAUAACAAGCUAACUUUCAAUCAAGCAUGUGAUCCUCGAUAUACAUCCGCCCUCCAUUACCAAAUCCCGACGAUCGUGGAUGGUAUUCCUGUUAAGCACAUCCGUUAUAAGACCAAACUCAAAGACCGGUUACUUUCCAAGUUACGUUCGAUUUCGAAAGAGCUAUUUUGUGCCUUGUAA